GCUGAUGAAUUUUGGAGGCAAUUUUAUGGGAAAAAUUUCAAAGGUGGUCAAUCAACUCUUUAUUUAGGAGAUAGAUUUUGGAAUGUUAAGAUGAACGGAAUAACUGACAGCUGUGUUCUUACUCAUGGAUGUUCUGAGAUGGUAAACGAUCUUGCCUUAGACAGGCGAUCUACCUUUGUCUUUUCAAUGCAUGGAAAUAAAAUUUUCGAGCUUUCAGUCUUUAAUCAUCAAAUCGGUACUCAAAUUCAGAACAACAGGGUUGAGUUAGUUGUUUUGGAUGACUUGAUCUAUGGUGAUGAUGGUGAUGAUUUGGUUAUUGCGUCCGAACAUAAGGAGAAGUGUAGUACUGCUAGAACUGACUUUCAAGAAGGUGUUGUUGUGGAAUGUGAAGAUGCCAAAUUUCAGUUGGCAAGUUUUGAAUCUGUGUUCAAUGAUAUUGAUGAUUCCAAAUUUGAUAACUUUUUCUUAUCUCUACUUGAAAUGGAAAUUAAGAAGAAGUUCAAAGAUGAUUUGGAUACAAAAACUGAACCGCAAGGCAAAACAAGUGUUGUUUGUGAUGAAAAUUUAACUUUAAAGGACAAAAGCAAGUUUGAGACGGAUCUAGACAAAUUUUUGAUACCCAAGAAUAAGUCCCAUGUUGAUCCUACAGGAAAAACAAAUGUUCUUUUUCUGAACCGAGUCUGUGCUCCACAGUUGUUUCUGAUACCAUUCCGAAAUAUACAGUUGAUGUUGGUCAAAGUGUUUUGCCGAGAAAGAGGAAGGCCACCCGGAAAUGUAAAACAGUUAUGUUUGUGUCCGAUGAGUCUCUUAUCGCUCAUCAUACACGUUCAAAGUUUAGAAACAAAAAUCAAUCUGUUGUUGUUGAUAAGAUAAAGGCUGCUGAAACCGCAUCUGUUAGCCGUAAACGUUCUACAUUGAAAAGGUCGAAAACAGUUUCAAUCAUUGAGUUCACCAAAGUUGGAGAAAAUAGAAUGCGUUUACCGUCUGCUGUUUCCGAUGAGUUAUCUCUUUCUGUUCACAACCUCCGUGAUGUUUCGAUCCAAAACCUUAGAUGUGAGGUAACAAACAUGAAGACGAUAGCGGAAAAGAAUGGUGAUGGUUACAGGUAUGGUUUUUCCAAGUGGUCGGCUUUCUUCAAAUCAAAUCAAAUCCACAUCGGCGCUACUCUUUUCUUUAAAUAUGUCAAGUCUUUGCAGCUUUUGAUUUUGACCAAAGUUGUUCACAAGACGACAAAGAAAAGAGGCCGUGCGUGAGUGUUUGCAUUUGUGGUUGUUAGUUGGUUUUGCAUAUGUUUUGGUGAUCUGGUGG